UUAUUGGUUGUUCUUUAAUUCUAAAUAGUUGGUUAGGUUUAUUGCUUAGUCAUGACGUCUGCGGAGAGUAUCUGCUACACUCUUAUUAACAGUUCCUCAAUAACUGAUGAACCAACAAACGAAACAAACCUUAAGAAUGAGAUCGAACAUGGAGAUGUGAGAACAAAGACUGAUGCACUGAAGAAGGUCAUCCUUAUGACUCUGAAUGGGGAGAAGCUGCAAGGUCUAUUAAUGACCAUAAUAAAAUACCUACUCCCAUCUGAUGACCACACUAUCAAGAAGCUCUUGCUGAUUUUCUGGGAGAUUUGGCCGAAAACCGACAAUGAGGGAAAACUACGUCCAGAGAUGAUCUUAGUUUGUGAUGCUUACAGAAAGGAUUUACAACAUCCCAAUGAAUUCAUUCGAGGUUCUACUCUUCGAUUUCUCUGUAAACUUCGACAGCCAGAGCUAAUAGAGCCGUUAAUGCCAGCAAUUCGUUCUUGUCUUGAGCACAGACAUAGCUAUGUGCGCAGGAAUGCUGUACUUGCAAUUUACACGAUAUACAGAAAGUUCGAUCAACUGAUUCCUGAUGCUCCAGAGUUGAUCCACGAGUUCCUGGAAGGAGAGAAGGAUGCAUCGUGUAAAAGAAAUGCUUUCAUGAUGCUCAUCCAUGCAGACCAAGAAAGAGCUCUGGAUUAUCUCAGUACUUGCAUAGAUCAGGUGAACACUUUUAAUGAUAUUCUGCAACUUGUGAUCGUGGAGCUUGUGUACAAAGUAUGCCACGCUAACCCCAAUGAACGUGCUCGGUUCAUUCGUUGCAUUUACAAUUUACUUCAAUCAUCGAGCCAAGCUGUAAGAUAUGAAGCUGCUGGUACAUUGGUUACUUUAUCUAAUGCACCAACUGCUGUACGUGCUGCUGCUCAGUGCUACAUAGAACUUAUAGUAAAGGAGGCCGACAACAACGUGAAGCUUAUUGUUCUUGAUCGACUUGUGGAACUCAAGAAUCACCCACUCCAUGAGAAAGUGCUACAGGAAUUGGUGAUGGAUAUAUUGAGAGCUCUUAGCUCCCCUGAUCUAGAAGUAAGAAGAAAAACUCUUGAUCUUGCUCUGGACCUUGUUUCCUCCAGGAAUGUCGAGGAUUUGGUCAAAUUCCUUGAAAAAGAGGUCACCAAAUCAUCAGAUGUACAAGGCCACGAUAACACAGAUAAAUAUCGUCAGCUUCUUGUAAAGACAAUGCAUGCUUGCACUGUUAAGUUUCCAGACACUGCUGCUCUUGUUAUUCCAGUGUUAAUGGAGUUCCUGGGUGAUAGUGAAGAGUUGGCUGCUGCUGAUGUUUUGGUUUUUGUACGUGAAGCUGUCCAUCGACAUGAGCAACAUAAACCACUUAUACUUGACAAGCUGUUGGAAGUAUUCCCAUCCAUUCGAACUGUCAAGAUUCUGCGUGGUGUUUUGUGGAUCUUGGGUGAGUAUUGUGAGGGAACAACUAGAAUCCUUCGAUUUGUUACUGAAGUCCGGAAAUCAGUCGGAGAACUUCCGAUGGUGGAAACGGAGCUCAAACUCGCUGCUGGGGAAGAAGUAGAAAAGGAGGAGGAAACAGAAAAAACUGAAAAGUCAUCAUCUUCACGCCGGGUCACCGAAAUGGGAACGUACGUCACCCAAUCAGCUUUCAGUGUCGCAAACACAAAAUCCGGCAACAAAUCUCAGCAAAAUCGACCUCCACUGCGCCAGUUUUUCAUGGAUGGGGACUUUUCACUAGCAGGAGCGCUCUCCACAUCUCUUACAAAGCAAGCUCUCAGAUUCCUCCUUACCUGCCCCGACCCUCGCAAACAAAAUUCCUUUAUUGCUGAGAGCAUGCUAAUAUUAUCAAGUGUGAUGCACCUUGGUCGAUCCAAUCUCCCAAAGAAACCAAUUAGUGAUGAUGAAAUAGACCGACUCACUGUUUGCCUCAAGGUGCUGGCAGACCGCAAUGAAACAAUGGCUGAAAUCUUCACUUCAAAAUGUCGCGGCUCCCUUUCACAUUUGCUGGAGAUUCGAGCUGCUGAGGAAAGUGUCCAGCGGAGGGUAGCAGAGAGAACCAAGACUGCUCUAACUGCUGUUCAGCCUGAUGAUCCCAUCAACUUCGCUCAACUACUUGCCAAAGCUGAAUCUGGUUCUCUAGAAGAUCAGUUUGAACUCAGUCUGAGUGCAGCUGUGGGGACUCUUAACCAGAAAAAAGAAGCAAGAGAUCCGACUGCUUCAAAACUGAACAAGGUCACACAACUGACUGGAUUUUCUGACCCAGUAUAUGCUGAAGCCUAUGUACAUAUCAAUCAAUAUGAUAUUGUACUUGAUGUAUUGAUUGUCAAUCAAACUUCGGAUACUUUACAAAACUGUACUGUAGAACUGGCUACACUAGGUGACUUGAAACUUGUUGAAAAACCAAGUCCGCUGACACUGGCACCUCAUGACUUUGCAAACAUUAAAGCAAGUGUCAAAGUGGCUUCAACAGAGAAUGGAAUCAUAUUUGGAAAUAUCGUUUAUGAUGUAACAGGCGCUGUAAGCGACCGUAACUGUGUGGUACUCAAUGAUAUACAUAUUGAUAUAAUGGAUUAUAUACAACCUGCAACAUGCUCCGAUGCUGAAUUCAGGCAAAUGUGGGCUGAAUUUGAAUGGGAAAACAAAGUAACCGUCAACACUAACAUGAGUGACUUGGUUAACUUCUUGCAUCAUAUACUUAAGUCUACAAACAUGAAGUGCUUGACCCCUGAAAAAGCUUUAGGUGGAGAGUCUGGCUUUUUAGCUGCCAAUCUAUUUGCGAAGUCGAUUUUCGGUGAGAGUGCGCUAGCCAAUGUCAGUAUUGAAAAACCUUUAGGAAAACCUCCAGGCACCCCGGUUGCAGGACAUAUACGAAUACGAGCUAAAAGCCAGGGCAUGGCUCUCAGCCUUGGCGACAAAAUCAACUUGUCCCAAAAGAAAACCAAGAAAUAACAGCAGCUAAAUCUUGAAUGCUUUUAAAAACUAUUUCUGGGUCUCUUAUCCCUCUGCGACGCAAAUGCAUUUGCCCGUUCCGUUAUGAGUGCUCUUAGAUUGUGUAGCAUUUAUCAUUGUACAGAUUUGCAUAUAUAUGAUACAGAAAAUGGCUUAGGUAUGUCGAAAGCAACUUUGCAGCACCAAAUAAAAGCAAAUGUAACAGAAAA